AUGAAUGAACAAAAUAAUAUAACAUGUGAGACCAAUAAGCAUGCAAUUUUUUGGUCAGUUGUAAAUGAUGAGGCAAUAAUGCUUGACUGGUAUGAUGAAAGUGGUGAUAAUCCUAACAAAUUGAUCAAUUGUUUGAUGUUGCAAAUGCCAGAAAAAGCCACGGAAGAAGAGGUUGUUUCGUAUGUUGAUACUUUGUUGGAUUUGCAGUUGCCUGAGGAGAAACGCAAGCUCAUCGAAGAGGAAAUUGUGACGCUGUGCAGUGAAUUUUUAAACGCGGGUACGGAUACCACUUCCACUGCGUUGCAGUGGAUCAUGGCCAAUUUGGUGAAGUACCCGCACGUGCAAAAGCGAGUGGUGGAUGAGAUAAGGGAGGUAUUGGGUAAGAGAGAAAAGAGGGAAGUGAAAGAGGAGGACUUGCCGAAACUGCCUUAUCUGAAAGCUGUGAUUUUGGAAGGUUUGAGGCACCACCCACCUGCCCACUUUGUGUUGCCGCAUGCAGUGACUGGGGACGUGGUUUUGAAUGAUUACGUGGUGCCUAAGAAUAGAACAGUGAAUUUCAUGGUGGCAGAGAUGGGGUGGGACCCUAAGGUUUGGGAGGAUCCCAUGGCGUUUAAGCCAGAGAGGUUUAUGAAUGAUGAGGGCUUUGAUAUUACUGGAAGUAAGGAGAUCAAGAUGAUGCCCUUUGGAGCGGGAAGGAGGAUUUGCCCUGCCUAUAAUCUGGCCUUGCUUCAUCUGGAGUACUUUGUGGCUAAUUUGGUUUGGAAUUUUGAGUGGAAGGUUCCAGUGGGAGGGGAUGUAGAUUUGUCAGAGAAACUAGAGUUCACUGUGGUGAUGAAAAAUGCAGUGCAGGACAUCAUCCACUGUUUGAAGAGAUCCAAGGAUUGUUGGACAAAACACAAGUCACCCCCUGCAGUAGUUGCAGAGCAUCUGAUCGGAAAUGUGGAUCCUGACCUUGGUUUGGAAGCACUUGUUCAAUUUCUCAAAGAACAGGAGAAGAACGACAGUCAAAGAAGAAGGAGGAAUGUAUUGUAUGUAAAUGCAAUGGUGUAUGUAAAAAUGAGUGGUACCACUGGAUCCACCAGAAAACCCAAACCCAGUUGCUUUUCCCAUCUCACCACUGCUUCGCAGACACUCUUCUCGGCCAUGGCGCGAAAACCGCUUCUCAAGCAAACCCUAGCCACGCUCUUCCUCCUAUUCGUCCUCUACUCGAUCUUCAACGCCUUCUUCCACCCCACCGAUUCCUCCGCCUUCGACUCUACCUUCUCCUUCAACUCCGCCUCCUCCGUCCUCCUCGCUUCCGGCUACCCCAAAUCCCCUGCCAUCAAGGUCUUCCUCUACGAUCUCCCCCGCAGAUUCACCCACGGCGUCAUCCGCCACCACGCCCUCGCGCGUGGCGCGCGCAUCUCCGAUGAACACGAUCACGUCUCCUCGCUCAAGUACCCAGGCCACCAGCACAUGGCCGAGUGGUACCUCUUCGCGGAUCUCUCCCGAACCGAUUCCGAACGCGCAGGCUCGCCCGUCGUUCGCGUCUCCGAUCCCGAGGAGGCCGAUUUCUUCUUCGUGCCUUUCUUCUCGUCGCUGAGUUUGAUCGUGAACCCGGUUCGACCGCCCGGUUCGGUCGCCGCUUCGGAGAAACCGGUCUACAGCGACGAGGAGAAUCAGGAUGCGCUGGUUGAGUGGCUGGAGGAGCAGGAGUAUUGGAAGAGGAGCAACGGGAGGGACCACGUGAUCGUGGCUUCGGAUCCGAAUGCUAUGUACCGGGUUAUCGACCGGAUAAAAAAUUGUGUGCUGCUUGUCUCCGAUUUUGGGCGGUUGCGACCCGACCAGGGAUCGUUGGUGAAGGAUGUCGUUGUGCCCUACUCGCACCGUAUCAAAACGUACGCUGGUGAUGUCGGUGUCGCCGAUCGCAAAACCUUGUUGUUUUUCAUGGGCAAUCGGUAUCGCAAAGAGGGAGGGAAAAUCCGUGAUAUACUCUUUCAAAUUCUAGAAAAUGAAAAGGAUGUCAUAAUAAAGCAUGGAGCUCAAUCCAGAGAGAGUCGUCGGGUAGCUUCACAAGGAAUGCAUACAUCAAAGUUUUGCUUACAUCCUGCAGGAGAUACUCCAUCAGCCUGUCGACUGUUUGAUGCUAUAGUUAGCUUGUGUGUUCCAGUCAUUGUCAGUGAUAGUAUUGAGUUGCCUUUUGAAGAUGCUAUAGACUACACAAAAAUUGUUGUAUUUGUUGAAACUACUUCUGCUAUAACGCCAGGAUAUUUGGUGUCAAAAUUAAGAUCUGUGUCCCCAGAAAGAAUCAUAGAAUACCAGAAAGAACUAAAGGAGGUUAAGCGAUACUUUGAAUAUGAAGAUCGUGACGGGACAGUUAAUGAGAUUUGGCGUCAAGUUUCAAAAAAACUACCCUUGAUUAAAUUGAUGAUUAACCGUGAGAAAAGGCUUUUUGGAAAAGAAUCGGUGUGCUCUUGCAUAUGUACAAACCAGAGCGCGAUUAGUACCCUAUAG